UUGAACACUUCAUCCAAUAUCCCAGAGUUCAACGGCAGGCACUUACUCCGAGUGAGAAUCAUUGACAGAGCUGGACCGGCUGGACUCUGGAGUAAGGAAGAUGAAUGCUGGAGCACAGAAAGCGAUUGCGGUAAUCCGCAAGUUGGAGAACAAGAAAGAUUUUGAAAUGAUACUGAAGGAGUCGGGAAGCAAGCUGGUCGUUAUUGACUUCUCUGCAACAUGGUGUGGGCCUUGUAAAAUGAUUAAGUCGUGCUUCCAAAAACUGGCAGAAGACAAUACAGACGUAAUUUUCUGUGAAGUAGACGUGGAUGAUGCAGCUGAUAUUGCUGAACAAUGUAGCAUAAACUGUAUGCCAACAUUCCACUUCUACAAGAAUGGAGAAAAGUUGUUCGAUUUUUCUGGAGCAAAUGAAUCAACUUUGGAAGAAAAAGUUAAAGAGCUGCAGUAGUGGUCAUUAAUCCAGUAAAUAAAAGUCAAUAAUCUGUUUAACGUGCCUGCAAUGUCAAGAUGUUUCAAUUAAGUUUCUAAGUAUAAAAAUCCACUUCUGCUUUCCAAAAUCUGGUUACAGGCUUUGCUUUAACAUAUAUGGUCAUCUAAUCUGAUACAAAAAGUUCCGAAUGUACAGUAUAUUAUCAACAUCAAUUGUUAGCCCUACUAUUUGAGUGCUGAAGGAAUGAUGUGACAGCCUAGCACUGGUAUUUACUCAUGGUUUUAAAUUGAAACCGUGUAACUUGUUUUUGAGCAGAAGUAUAGCAUGUUGUACUUUAAAUAUGCUUAGAUUUCCAAUUGGGAUAAACUUGAUUAGCACUCUGGAAGAAACCAGGCUCUUGUAAACAGAUCAAUUAAGUGUAGACUUGAGGAAAGAUUUUGAAGCAUGAAUUAGUCCAGAGAUAUAUGGCAAACAUAUAAUAGUGGUGAUAUGUUAUACUGUGCAUCUGAAGUUCUGUUUUAUUGACUUACAUGGAGCCAGGUUUAGAAUGUGGAACAGCAGACCCUAUGAUAUUUAAGUGCCUUGUAUAUUCAAUGCAAGGCAAAUUCCUUUUCAACUUGCUCACAUAUUUUAGGAAUUCCUUUUUUGUUCUACAAUUUGACAAGUCGUGGGUCCACAUUCUUGCAAAUUACAACUGGUCUUUGUGCAUUUUCUCCCGCAGCUCUUAUUUCAGCUAAUUUCUAUUUAAUGUAGAAGUCACCUGAAGGAUAGUUCACUGCAAGAGUAAAUUUAUUUGGAAGUUGGAUUGCAUAGCUGCAGCUUUUAUCAACGUUUUAACAAAAAAUAAAUUUAUUGCUAGUUAUUGUUUCUACAUUAAACCAUUUCUCUGUGCAACAAUUGGUAUUUCGUUUUAUCACUACAAAUAAUUUACCCACUCUUGAGUUCUUGCAUAAACUAGUGUUUGAUGUACCUCUUCAUGUGCAAAAUCUACAUAUCUGUUCAAAUUGACUUCUGAAUAUUGAAGAUUGGAAUAAACAAUGACUGUAACAAAUGGAUAAAAUAAGCAGAUUUGUAAUUUGCUUUCUGCUUCAUUCUGCUGUGGGUAGCUUUGUGUUUGUAGACAAUCUAUUUAAGGAUGCAAGCCUCAUCUGAGAAUAAAUGUUGAAUAAAUAUUUUUAAUAAUUGAGUGAGA